GCCUGUCGUACCCCCAGUCGCAAUGACGCCGGCAUCGAGACCCUGGCCAAGUACUUCAGCCACAUACCUCUACUGGAGAGCCGCUUCUUUACCGCCACCCGCCAGAUGGGCAUCUUCUUUACUUGGUAUGACUCGUUCACAGGUGUUCCAGUGUGCCAGCAGAACGUGUCUCUGGAGAAGGCCAGUAUUCUGUUCAACAUCGGCGCCCUCUACACCCAGAUCGGCACGCGCUGCAACCGCCAGACGGGCUCCGGCCUCCAGGAUGCCAUCACAGCCUUCCAGAAAGCUGCAGGAGUCCUCCACCACCUAAAGGAGACGUUCACCCACACCCCCAGCUAUGACAUGAGUCCCUCCAUGCUCAGCAUGUCAUCAAGAUGA